AUGGAUAAUACCGCAACGCUAGGAGGGCAAGAGCAAACGCUAGAAGGUGAUGUCAAAGAAGUUGAGGUCGACCAAAAUGGCGAUGAGGUCAAAGAAGAUGAAGACAGCGAGAUCACUGAGCAAGCAAGAAAUCUGAAGACCCUAAAUCAGUCCCAGCAAGACAUCCUCAAAUUCCAGAAUGAGAAGGAGCAGCUGCUUAGGCAAGCCGCUGCCCGUAACAGAUCCGAACAGACGCAGAGGACGAUUAGGGAAGCCGAAAUCCAGAGGGAUAGAUUGGCGAGAGAAAUUCAAGGACUAUAG